UGGUGUUCUGGUGACAACGGCGCAUUGAUUCUCCCCCCCUGCGCUCCGCGUUAAAGGGGCGACAAACUCCACAAUAACCCCCCUCACAGGGAGCGGAGAGGAGCGAGCGGAGGAUAGACGGUGAGCGGCGGGGAGAGGAGAGGGCGAGGAGGCGGCAGGUCAUGCUGACGGACGCAGACUACCCCGGCGGCGCCUCCGCUGCCCGGCGGGCCAAGAAGAGGAGCUCCGGGGAGUCACCGGGGGACGGACAGGCCCUCCGCUCCUCCGGGAGGCAGGUCAACGUGCGCGUGAAGCGGGCCAACAACCCCCCUCCUGGACAGAGCAAAAGAAAAGCCACAGACACCGAGGAGGAAGACGACCAGUCCGAGAAGAAGUACAGGAAAUGUGAAAAGGCUGGAUGCUCGGCCACGUAUCCUGUUUGUUUCGCCAGUGCGUCUGAAAGGUGUGCUAAAAAUGGAUACACGUCUCGCUGGUAUCAUCUGUCGUGUGGAGAGCACUUUUGCAAUGAAUGUUUUGAUCACUACUACAGAAGUCACAAAGACGGAUAUGAGACCUAUGCAUCGUGGAAAAAAGUGUGGACUAGUAAUGGGAAGAGUGAGCCCAGUCUUAAAGCUUUCAUGGCAGAUCAGCAGCUUCCGUUCUGGGUCCAGUGCACGAAACCAGACUGCAGGAAAUGGCGGCAGCUGACCAAGGAGAUUCAACUCACUACUUCCCUAGCAGCAACAUAUCGCUGCGGCAUGAAGUUCAACAAUAUCAAGAGUGAAGGACCAGACCAGUGCUCCCAACCAGAGGAUUUGAGAGUGGCCGAGGUGAUCGACAGCUGGUGGCACUCCAUGCUGAUUUUGCCCCCGCUGUUUAAAGACAGUCCGGCCAGCCCCUUCCUGGCUGCCUACUACCCGGACUGUGUGGGCAUGAGUCCCUCGGGGUCUCCGAGUAACGUCUCUCUAACGGAGCUGCGGGCCGAGCACUGCAGAGCCGUCCAGCCCCAGAUUCCAGGCCUGUGUCCGUACUUCCAGCCGUUCUACCAGCCUAACGAGUGUGGAAAGGCUCUGUGUGUGCGACCAGAUAUGAUGGAGCUGGACGAGCUCUACGAGUUUCCGGAGUUUUCCCGUGAUCCCACCAUGUAUCUGGCUCUGCGAAACCUUAUCCUGGCCUCCUGGCAUCGGGACUGUAAGGAGGUGCUGACUCCUCAGAAGUGUGCCCCACACGUCAUCGUGCGCGGGCUGGUGCGUGUGCGCUGUGUGCAGGAGAUGGACCGAGUGCUGCACUUCAUGACCAGGAAGGGCCUGAUCAACACGGGCGUGCUGGCAGUCAAACAGCCUCUGCUGCCUGAAAAACACCGCUCCAAGAAUGUUAUUGUGAUCGGUGCCGGCGCGUCAGGGCUGGCAGCGGCACGGCAGUUGCAAAACUUUGGCACCCAGGUGGUGGUGCUCGAGGCACGGGACAGAAUUGGAGGCCGGGUGUGGGAUGAUACUUCUCUGGGUGUCACCGUGGGGCGAGGAGCUCAGAUCGUCAACGGCUGUGUAAACAACCCCAUCGCAAUGAUGUGUGAGCAGAUGGGCAUCAAGAUGCAUAAGCUGGGAGAGAGGUGCGACCUCUUCCAGGAGGGAGGACGAGUCACCGACCCGGCCAUCGACAAGCGCAUGGACUUCCACUUCAACGCCAUCCUGGAUGUGGUGUCCGAGUGGAGGAAGGACAAGUCACAGAGCCAGGACACACCACUAGGAGAAAAAGUCCAGGAAGUCUACAAGAACUUUCUGCAGGAGUCAGGGAUCCAGUUCAGUGAGUUGGAGGAGAAAGUGCUUCAGUUCCAUCUCAGCAACCUGGAGUAUGCCUGUGGAAGCACUUUAGACCAGGUGUCUGCUAGAUCCUGGGACCACAAUGAGUUUUUCGCCCAAUUCUCAGGAGACCACACUUUACUCACCAAGGGCUACUCUGUUUUACUUCAAAAACUGGCUGAAGGCCUCGACAUCCGCACCAAGUGUCCGGUUCAGGCCAUCGACUACUCAGGUGACGUUGUCAAAGUAACUUCCUCCAAUGGCUCGCAGUGGACAGCACAGAAGGUUCUUGUCACGGUCCCACUGACUUUACUGCAGAAGAACUUGAUUCAGUUCAACCCUCCGCUUCCUGAGAGGAAGUUGAAAGCGAUCCACAGUCUUGGAGCAGGUAUCAUAGAGAAGAUUGCACUACAGUUUCCAUACAGAUUCUGGGACAACAAAAUCCAAGGGGCGGACUACUUUGGUCACAUCCCGCCCAGUCCUGACAAGAGGGGCAUGUUUGGCGUUUUCUACGACAUGGACCCACAGGGAAAGCAAUCUGUGCUCAUGUCGGUCAUCACUGGAGAUGCUGUGCCCGCCGUCCGGGACAUGGAGGACAAGGAGGUCGUGGAUGAGUGCAUGAAGGUCCUGCGCGAACUCUUCAAGGAGCAGGAGGUCCCAGAGCCGCUGAGUUUCUUUGUCACCCGUUGGAGCAAGGACAUGUGGUCCCAGAUGUCCUACAGCUUUGUGAAGACAGGGGGCAGCGGCGAGGCCUACGACAUCCUCGCUGAAGACGUGCAGGGAAAAGUCUUCUUUGCUGGCGAGGCCACCAACAGGCACUUCCCUCAGACUGUGACGGGAGCCUACCUGAGCGGAGUCCGGGAGGCCAGCAAAAUGGCAGCGGUGUAAAGUCCGUCCCAGCGGGCGCUCAGAGCUCCAGCACGGACACGCCGGGCGGCACAGAGUCCGGCACCGGGCAGCGAGUCGACCUGGACGGCUGUUUCUCUGCACUGUGACGCCUCCUAACAACCUCGGCCGCUUCCCCCCGCAGAUACCCAACAGAGGACUUACUGUACGGUUAUUUGUAUUUUUUUUUGUUGGUGACAAGAUGCAAAACGAUAAACAGAGACAUGAAGGGUGGACGUGCCCUGCCUGGAUCCACUGCGCUGGAAAGCCGGCUGACGGUUCCUUAGAUUUGAUCUGAGUUCAACCAGUAAAUUUCUACUAAGCACCUGUGUGGAAGAAUCAGUCAGAAAAUAAUAAUAAUAAUAAUGAUGAUAAUAAAGUUUAAUUGUAUAGCACUUAUCAAAACCAGCAUUACAAACUGUUGAAUGAAGAGGCACGCAUGAGGAAAUGAAACCCAAACACAGUGGAUGUUUGGAAACCAUAAAUCAAACACCGAUGACAAAACGUAAAAACGACAGGUAGACUUCAAUGCAACGUCCAGAAUAAAGUGCAGUGUAACAGAAUAGUUGAGAAUAAAUAAAAAUAGAGUCGUAAGACAGCUUUUUUGAUAUAAAAUAAGUCUUCAUAAGUGACUGAUGUAGCAGGCUGGAGCUCCUCAGGCAGUUAGGGUUAGGGUUUAUAUGUGAAUUUAAAUGAAUAAUGAGAUUUAAUGUACAAGGUUUGAAUCUUAAUUUACUUUUUGGAGAGUUCCACGCCGAUGUUUUACACACCUGUGAUGAACCUAUGAUGGUUGAUGUGUCGAUACAAACUGUAAGCAGAAAUGGCCUGGAGGUUAGUCGUGUUUCUGUCAUAGCACUUUUUGAUUUUGGCAAUGGCUCUUUGGGUUAAACAGCUUAAACAAAAAAAGAAGAAGAGGAGGAAUGCUUCAUGUGUCUGUUGGUUUCUGUGUUGGACUGAUGAUGAUGAUGAUGAUGAUGUUGAUGAAAAUCAGAAGAUACCAAACUGUCCACGUAAACUUUCUCAGGGAUGUGAUCUGGACAAGUAGCAGAAAAAAUAUGAAAGAAAAUUAAAAAAAAAAAAAAAAUUAAAAAAUGAAGUGAUGAUGAAAUUCAGAAGAGGCUUGGACUACUGUGUAACCAAACAGAGAAAAAAAAACUGAAAACCUUGAAAAGACAGAAAAAAGAAAAAAAAAAAUCACAUCCCUGUUUGUAGCCGUGUUGCUUCCUGAAGCUGAUUUGGGAGCGUCGCCGUGUCGUCCUCAUCUUCUUCCACUUUCUGUUCAUCGAUGAAGCUUUAUUUGUAGGUUUGUCUUUACGGUGUUUACCUUUUCAUUUUUGUCUCCGAGGGUCAGUACGUCUAGAUAACCCUGUCCUGUGUGUCUGUGGUCACACUGCUUGAAUAUUUAUCCUGUCUGUGUGUAAUAAAGCCAGCUGUUAACUGCC